AUUUCGCCGCUAGGGUGCACCUGGCGCUUCAACGCAAAUGCCCUCACAUCAUAGCCGAAUGCGUCAACCACACGGUAACCAGCCAGGGGCAUCUCACCAGCGCAAAGCCCGCCGUAUUUCGGCCUAAAGCAACAGGAUACUUGCCAGGAUAAAGAAUACUUAAACGCCGCCUGGAAGACAAAGGUCAUCCAUAACCAUGGGGUUCACUCGCCUUGUGACGCUGUCUGUCACAGUGAUCCACCUAGUUUCAGGGAUGAGCUUUAUGACUCCUGAGCCUGAUACACCCCCAACAUCCCCCCCAGACUCCUACCCACUGGGCGACAUGAUCCAUGCUGCCCUGCAGAGUAAGGAAUACUUGGGACGUGCUUCUGCAGACACAGGUACCACCACCAAUCCGACUCAGGCUGCACCCGGGAUGGGGCAGACUGAGUCAACAGCCACUGCCAUGUCACCAGGGCUGCUGACAACAGCUUUAAGCUCCUCUUCAGCUGCUAGCCAAAAGGGAUCGAGGAAUACCAUGUCCCCGCUACCCAUAGAGGAGGAGACAACUACCACUCUGAUUACCACAACCACCAUAACCACAAUGCACAUGCCAGUUCAGUGCAACGCUACUUUAUUAGCCAUGGAGGAUGUUGUUGAGUCUCCAGAUCCCACAACAUCUUCAUCUUAUUCCCCCUUGGAGUGCACCUACAGCAUUACUGUGUACGCAGGUUAUGGAGUGGAAAUUCAGGUGAGAAAGGCUAACCUUUCCAAGGAUGAGUCUCUAACAAUCAUGGGAUACGGCAGAUCAGGACCAGAGCUGUUAGCCAAUGAGACCCUGAUGAAACAGGGUCAGGUGAUUCGUAGUACAACCAAUCAGGUUUACAUCCACUAUCGCAGUCUGCGUCAGAGCAACCAUGGCAUGUUCAGCCUCCACUAUCAAGCCUUCCUGCUGUCCUGCCCAUUCCCAAUGUCUCCUGAGGGCGGUGGAGUGACAGUGACAGACAUCCAUCCUGGAGGUCAGGCACACUUCCACUGUGAUCCAGGUUUUCAAGUCCGCGGGCAUGAGGUGGCGACCUGUGUUAACAUGACGCAGCCACGCUGGAGCACUCCUGAGCCUCAGUGUGUUGCCGUGUCUUGCGGAGGGUGGAUUCGUAAUGCGACUGUGGGACGGAUACUGUCCCCACCGCCUCCAUCAGUAAGCAACCACAGCAAUGGAAAUAAUCUGAGCUGUCACUGGUUAAUAGAAGCCAAAGAGGGACACAGACUCCACCUACACUUUGAGAGAAUUGCACUGGAUGAAGAUGAUGAUAAGUUAAUUGUGCGCAGUGGAAACAGUUCCCUGGCUCCGACGCUUUUUGACUCAGAUAUGGAUGACGUCCCAGAACGUGGGUUGCUGAGCGAGAGCUCCACACUGUACCUGGAGCUCACAGCUGAUUCUUCUUCCAUCCCUUUGCUGCUGGCGCUGCGAUAUGAGGCUUUCGAUGAUGAGCACUGCUGGGAGCCCUACAUGCCUCAUGGAAACUUCAGCAGCAGUGACAUCACGUAUCAGCUGGGAACCACCGUCACCUUCACCUGUUCUCCAGGCUUUGUCAUGGAACAAGGUUCAGGGACCAUUGAGUGCGUCGAUCCCAGUAACCCUCACUGGAAUGACAGCGAACCUGUGUGCAGAGCUUUGUGCGGAGGGGAGUUGACCGAGCCCUCUGGAACCAUCCUGUCUCCUGAUUGGCCCCAGAGCUACUCCAAGGGCUUAGACUGUGUGUGGCAAAUCCAUGGUAACGAGGAGAAACGCAUUGAACUGGAUGUCCAGAUUUUAAAUAUCCGUCACACUGAUGUGCUGACCAUUUUUGAUGGGCGUGAUCUCACGUCCCACGUGAUCGGCCAGUACCUGGGGUCCAAAGAGCGUUUCCAGGUUGUUUCAGGGGGGUCUGAGGUUGCCAUCCAGUUUCAGAGCGAUCUGGACGACUCCAGCUUCAUCCUGAGUCAGGGAUUCCUCAUUCAUUAUCGUGAGGUCGAACCUAAUGACACCUGCCCUACCCUUCCUAAUAUUGAGUUUGGCUGGAUCAGCUCAUCCCACUCCUCCCCCGUGAGAGGCAGCGUGCUGACCUAUCAGUGCCAGCCGGGGUAUGACAUCAGCGGCUCUGACGUAAUCACCUGCCAGUGGGACCUGUCCUGGAGCAGCAGUCCGCCUACCUGCGUUAAGGUACAGCAGUGCCCUGACCCAGGAGAGGUGGUAAACGGAGCACGCUCCGUGCGCCCCGAAACAGGCUUUGCCGUUGGUACAGUGGUUCGUUUCUCCUGUAACCAGGGUUAUCAGCUGGAAGGUCCCAGCCAAAUCUCCUGCUACGGACGAGACACUGGUACCCCCAAAUGGAGCGACCGCAGCCCAAAGUGUGUCUUAAAAUAUGACCCAUGUCCAAACCCUGGAGUCCCCGACAAUGGUUACCAAACUCUUUACAAGCACACCUACCAAGCUGGAGAAACUCUGCGAUUCUUCUGUUAUGAGGGCUACGAACUUAUCGGUGAGGUCAUCAUCAGCUGUGUUCCCGGUCAUCCAUCUCAGUGGAACAGCCCGCCGCCCUUUUGCAAAGAAGUGGCAUAUGAGGAGCUAUUGGAUGAUCACAAGUUAGAAGUGUCCCAGUCAUUCCAGCCAUCCCAUCAGAUCCUGAGUGAGAACAUUGCUUUGGCAAUAAUUCUGCCAAUCAUCCUGGUCAUCCUCCUCAUUGGAGGAAUUUACAUGUACUACACAAACAUCUGCAGACUAGAAUGGAAGCCACACUUCUGGAAGUCUCUUUCUCACACGCACUCCUACAGUCCCAUCACAGUCGAGUCAGACUUCAACAACCCCCUUUAUGAAGCAGGGGAUACGCGGGAGUACGAAGUGUCCAUUUAGUGGAGAAAGGGUCUUGAAACCAUCGAAUGAUUCAAUUCUUUGGGAAGACAAAUUCCUCUGUAUUAUAAGGUCUCACUCCCCCUUUUAAAGUCUGGAUUAUGUUUCUGUUUUACCAUCACUGUAAUAUCUGGUUUAUUCACCUUGGAUAUGAUUUCUUCUGAUUUUCUGCACUGAUGUGGUGGUCUGCCAAAUGUGAGUCCUAUUUCAUCCUCUAUCAUUAGGACCGGUGCCUUAUAAAGGGUAAGAAAUUGUCAACAAAGAAAAACAAAAAAGCGAGAGUAGAGCUGGAGAGCGGGGAAGGGUAAAGGGAAAUGGAUUUGUCUAGUUAGUAAAAACAGAAUGAGGCCAAACAUUAAAGAACUUGGCAAUACUUUAUUUGUAACAAUCAAAAGUUGAGAUCAUAAUACAUCCUGUGUUUCUCUUGUAUUUUUAAAGCGGUUCGUACAUCAUUACAGUACAGGGAAAGAAUUGUUUGAUUUUAUCCUGGAAAAAAAGUGAUUUUCUCUUCUUUACUUUUUCUUCGUGUGUGCAAAACACUCUCUCUCAUACACACGCGCGUGCACACACACACACAAAAUGAAUGUAAAUAUCUGACUUAAUAGUGACUGAGGUUUAUAAAUAUAUAAGCCUCGUAUACAGAUAUAUAUACACACACUUAUACAUGGUGGCGGGAGGUUAUAUAUUUUCAUUAUAUACAUAUAAUGAAAAUUCAGUGCCAAAAUAUAAUGUUAAAUUAUUUAAUGUCUCUAAGUGUUUCAUCUGUUGUUGAAAUAGUGUUUACAAAGGCAGUGUUUAUUUUAUUCUUCGCUGUUUCUCGAGUGCAUCAUCACCCGACGCCACACGACAUGACGUGUAAGAAAAAGGUGAGGACAUGAAUGUCAUUAUGCUUAGAGCAUGCACUGAUUGUAAAUUAUAUUGCUUAUGCUCAAUCUUUCCAUUACCAUUAUAGUUACUGACAGCUAUCAUUGUUAUCAAAUUUGAUGUUGUAUGCACUAUGUUGAUAAAAACAAUUACAAAUCUGGCUGCUUGCUGUGAUGCAUUAUGUGUUGAUUUACAAAUGAUUGUUUGAAAAGUGAAUGUAGUCUCAUUCACUGUGCCAAAUGAAAGGAUCUUGGAGACUGUUUCUGAUCUUUGUAGAUUUAAUUAUUCUCUUAUCAUCAGUAGCAUUUCUUUGCUUCAUAUAUGAAUACACUCUUUGGAAGGCAGUAAAUUAUUUGCUGAACUGGAAAUAAAGUCUCUGUUGAAUGGUGUCAGCUUGUAGAAAUGUGCAGUUAUUUUCUUGUGGUCACAACACAUUUACACAUACACAAAUGUUGAAGUCUAUUAAUCAUAUUAGUAAGAAAUACAACUUAAGUUUUUAACUGAGAAACACAAUAUAAAGCUUUCCAAUACUUUAGCUUUCACCAGUUUCAUUAAAUUUCAUUAUUUUAAUAUAGAAAUUGUCUUGAAAUAGUGAUAUUAAUUUUAUGGGUUAUUCAUUUAAAAUUGGUCAUGCUCUUGACUUAUAAGCUAAGCCAUAUUGAAAAGUAUGUCAAUACACAAAAACAAUUAUGUGAUUAUUUUAACACUGGAUUUAUCCACAUUAAUUAUACAUAUACAGCAUGUAAGCUUUGUAAGUCUGUCAUUGUAAUUUUUCGUCCCUCAGGUUGUGGUAUGUUUGUACAUAGUGUGCAACUUGAAGUGGCCUGUCACUGUCUCUGAGUUGCAUUGCAACUCCUGGAGAGAGGAGAAUGUGGUGUUAUAGUCUGUGAAAAAUAAAACUAUAGAUCUGAA